UGGGUGGGUCCUGGCCAGACCUCCUGGCUGCUCCACCCCUUUGGAGCCAGGUGCUAUAAAAGUAUUCCGGGUGGCUCUGGGAGGUUUUCCUGCAGCCGGUCUUGAUCCACAUCCGAGCAGAAGUCAGACUGCGGCACCAUGGCUUUCGUCCCAGCACCCGGUUACAUGCCCACCUACAACCCGGUAAGCGUUCAACCUCCAUCUCUCCCUGCGCAAUCUGUGCUCUUGUAUUCUCUGCAAGAAAAGAAUAAAAUUUGCCGUCACUUAACCUGAGUCUUCCGUUCCCUUUCCCCCCCCCCCCAAAGACCUGCUCUGGGAUUUUAAAAAUUGCAGUUGUUCUGUUUAACUUAUAGCUCAUUCGCUCUUACCCAGUCAAAUGGGCAGGGUGCAAAUUAAUAAUAAUAAUAAUAGUAGUAGUAGUAAUAAUAAUAAUAAUAAUAAUAAUAAUAAUAAUAAUAAUAGCCACCUUUUGCCCUGCUCUAUCCAGGCACAGGUUCAUGCUUUUAUAGCUCUGUGUUUGAGCUCUCUCUCUCUCUCUUUUGGCCCAGAACUCGCCCCCAACCCACCCCCCCGCUCUUUAAAGUUGAAGAGCCACGAAUGAUAAUUCGUGUCUUCUGCGAAUUGCAGUUGGCUCCAAUUCACGUUUAAAGAGCAGGUUAUCGUGGGGAAAACUCCAGAGCAAAAGUGAGAGAGCCCUUGGACGCAGAACUUUAAAGCCUAGAGGAAAGAGUGGAUCAGCCCUUGUUUAUUUAUUUAAAUCAAACAGAAGCAUUUGGCAGAGCGGCCUCUAUGGCGCCUUUAAAUUUCACUUCAAUUUGUAUCACAAACAGGUUUUCCUACCUGAAGUUACUGUAGAUUUGUAUUCAUAAGCAACCUUGCCCGACUCACACACAUUCUCUCUCUGGAGAAGAAUUUGCUACCGUUUUAUCCAAGAGUUCUGUGAGUUUCUGAAGCUUGCGCUGCCUGGAGUUCGGUUCAAGCAAUCCGUCGGAGAACAAGCCCCUCCAAAUCUCCCCAUUCCCCCAGUCUAAGAACUGCCAGGGCACCAUGAACGAAAGCGUGAGCAGUUCCUUUAGAAAGCACUCGCCGCAACUGGUGCCUGGGAUUUUAGGCCAUUGAACUGUCCUAGCAAAUGGCUUUGACACCGGUGACCUGCUGUCUAUUUUAUCAAGGGCGUCGGAAGUCACGGCAAUUGUGACACAGAACGCACUCCACAGACGUACCUGCAUGUCCUCCCCACUCACCUGAUUGUACUUUUAUUAAAAUUAGUAAAGGUAAAGGGACCCCUGACCGUUAGGUCCAGUCGCUGACGACUCUGGGGUUGCGGCGCUCAUCUCGCUUUAUUGGCCAAGGGAGCUGGCGUACAGCUUCCAGGUCAUGUGGCCAGCAUGACUAAGCCGCGAACCAGAGCAGCGCACGGAAACGCCAUCUACCUUCCCGCCGGAGCGGUACCUAUUUAUCUACUUGCACUUUGAUGUGCUUUUGAACUGCUAGGUUGGCAGGAGCAGGGACCGAGCAACGGGAGCUCACCCCGUCGCGGGGAUUCGAACCGCCGACCUUCUGAUCGGCAAGUCCUAGGCUCUGUGGUUUAACCCACAGCGCCACCCGCAUCCACACAAUAUAAAUAAUGCCAGGCCUCAAUAUAGUUUAAACUCAAUAUAGUUUAAAAACGGCACAAGUCAAAUGCAAAACGCUGGGUAAUGCCCCUCUAGAAAUCCUUCGGUUGCCACCGCUUCCACUCUUUCUGAGUUCCUGCUCCUCUGCCUAUCUCCGCUCCUUGCUUGCUUGCUCACUUAUGGUAGGGGGCAGGUGAGCAGAUGGUAAGAACCAGGGGAAAGAGAAACAGGACAAGGACUGACCCCCCCCCCAAAGGAGUUCAAAGUCAGGAAGCCAACUUUGGCGCAGACCUCGGGAUGUGCCAGUAAGGUUGACUCCUGACUCUGACGUGGGCAGCAUCCCAGACUAUGUCCCAGAAUCUUUUGCAAUGCACAGAGAUUUCCCCCAGGAGACAAGCUGAUUUGUCAAGGAGAGGAAGAAAAGUCCUAAAAACCGGUCAAUUUACUCAAUGCAGCAAACUGAGCAUUUUUCAAGGUCCUAAACGCGUUUCCGUGCGCUGCUCUGGUUUCGCCAGAAGCGGCUUAGUCAUGCUGGCCACAUGACCUGGAAAAACUGUCUGUGGACAAAUGUCGGCUCCCUUGGCCAGUAAAGCGAGAUGAACGCCACAACCCCAGAGUCGUUCGCGACUGGACUUAUCUGUCAGGGGUCCUUUACCUUUUUAACAUAAUAAUAAUAAUACAGUGGUACCUUUAGAUGCGAACAGGAUCCGUUCCGGAGCCCCAUUCGCAUCCUGAGUAGAACGUAACAUGCGUCUGCGCAUGCGCAGGUCACGUUUCGCCGCUUCCGCGCAUGCGCGUGAUGUCAUUUUGAGUGUCUGCGCAUGCGUGGGUGACGAAACCUGGAAAUAACACGUUCCGUUAGUUCCGGGUCACGGUGGAGCAUAACCUGGAAAUGCUCAACCAGAAGCAUAUUUAACCCGAGGUAUGACUGUAAUAAUAAUUUAUUAUUUAUACCCCACCCAUUAUUUACACCCCACUCUGGGCAGCUUCCAACAAAAUAUUAAAAUACAAUAGUCCUUCAGAUAUUAAAAGCUUCCCUAAACAGGGCUGCCUUCAGAGGUCUUCUAAAAGUCUGCUAGUUGUUUUUUCCUUUGACAUCUGGUGGGAGGGCGUUCCACAGGGCGGGUGCCACUACCAAGAAGGCCCUCUGCCUGGUUCGCUCCAGUGCUGCUUUUCCUGAUGGAGACUUUGCCAGGUAUAUAAUGCACCUGUUCCAAUUUCCCUUUUAGCCAGGAAUUUGAAGCGUUUGGUCAAUUUUGUUUAAUCAAUGUGUUCUUCCUACACUAGCAUAGUGUUUGAGCCCGGCUCCCUAAUGCACGGCUAGGAGGGCCAUUGGGUUAACACAACAAGACCUAUGCCUUCCUUCAUAUGGGGGUGGGGAGGGCGCUUCAAUCAAUGAUGCCCAUCCUGGAUCCUGAUCUCGCCAGUCCGACCCAGCUGGUGGAAAUGUUCCCCUUCCUUGGUUUUUUAGUUUUAGUUCCGUGCGUGCAAAGAUCUGAUAAGGGUACGUGGCCAUCCGGCCAUCCACCCGACCUCUUCCUCAACGCACCUUUCCCAAGUUCAGAUCCUGUGGAUAAAAGCAGAACUCAUUUGCGGCUUGGACCUCAGCCAGCCUGCUCCACCCUAAGCGAGUCCGUUUCAUAGCUGGAUGGCUUAAUAAUUAACACGCCGCUUUCUGCAGGUUCCCAACCGAUCUUGCAAAGCAAAGGAUGAGCUGGCAGCUCGGGCCGUUCCAAGUUCUCGGUUUUCCCGUCUUAAGUAUAAUCCUCCACAAUUUCCGAAACUGUUCUGCAUUUAAAAAUAAAGAAAAUACCGGGGAAACGCUCAGGGCUUUUAGUGCAGGGUUCCCCAGAUAGGUACAUUUUGUCCUGAUAAAUGGUCAGAGGCCUGGAAACGAUGCCUUAUGAGGAACGGCUAAGGGAGCUGGGCAUGUUUAGCCUGGAGAAGAGGAGGUUAAGGGGUGAUAUGAUAGCCAUGUUCAAAUAUAUCAAAGGAUGUCACAUAGAGGAGGGAGAAAGGUUGUUUUCUGCUGCUCCAGAGAAGCGGACACGGAGCAAUGGAUCCAAACUACAAGAAAGAAGAUUCCACCUAAACAUUAGGAAGAACUUCCUGACAGUAAGAGCUGUUCGACAGUGGAAUUUGCUGCCAAGGAGUGUGGUGGAGUCUCCUUCUUUGGAGGUCUUUAAGCAGAGGCUUGACAACCAUAUGUCAGGAGUGCUCUGAUGGUGUUUCCUGCUUGGCAGGGGGUUGGACUCGAUGGCCCUUGUGGUCUCUUCCAACUCUAUGAUUCUAUGAUUCUAUGAGACAAUUGUCUACAUAAGAACAGUAGAAGAGCCAGUGGCCCAAUUCGCCCAGCACCCAUCCAGAUCCCUGUGGGAAACCCGCAAGCAGGAUUCGAACGCAGGAGCCCUCUCUCCUGUGGUUUCCAGAAACAGGCAUUUAGAAGAAUUACGGCCUCUUGACAGUGGAGGCAGAGAAUAGCCACCAAAUACAUUUUUUGAAGGCUGGUUCAGGUGCAUGAAAGGGAUGCGGGUGGCGCUGUGGGUUAAACCACAGAGGCUAGGACUUGCUGAUCAGAAGGUUGGUGGUUCGAAUCCCCGCGAUGGGGUGAGCUCCCGUUGCUCGGUCCCUGCUCCUGCCAACCAAGCAGUUCGAAAGCACAAAGUGCAAGUAGAUAAAUAGGUACUGAUCCGGCGGGAAGGUAAACGGCGUUUCCGUGCGCUGCUCUGGGUCGCCAGAAGCGGCUUAGUCAUGCUGGCCACAUGACCCGGAAGCUGUACGCCGGCUCCCUCGGCCAAUAAAGCAAGAUGAGCACCGCAACCCCAGAGUCGUCCACGACUGGACCUAAUGGUCAGGGGUCCCUUUACCUUUACCUCAGAUGCAUGAACUUGGAUCUCGGUAUAUUGUAGGGUUACCAGACGUCCCCGUUUUCCGGGGACAGUCCCCGGAUUUGCAAAUCUGUCCCCAGACAAAUUCCAUCCCCGGAAUGUCCCCGGAUUUCAUUAAACGUCCCCGGGAAACAUGACACCCUGCUCUCCUGGAGUAAUACGCAGAUGGAGGGGUAGGAAGAGAAGAGAUCGCAGGUGGGUGGCCGUUGCCCAGGCAAGACGAGCAGUUUCUCUGCUGGGCAAGGUGCAAAGCUCCUCUUUCGCACCCUGUGAAACUCUCAAAACAAAGGAGGAAGGGGGCAGGAGAUUGGGGGAGGCUCGAGAGUCAGGGGCGGGUGGCACGCAGUUGUCCAGGAGGGGCGCAAGGGGCACGGUUUCUCUGCUGGGCAAGGUGCAGAGGGGUGAAAUGACUUCAAUCCCCAACUGGAGUAGCGGCAGAGCUGGCGAGGAGCCGGGCAGCUGAGUGUGAGAGAGUGUGAACGAGAGCGUGUCCCUGAUGGCCGAGAAUACAGAAGUCAAACUAGAACAGGGAAGCCUUAUGUUCUUUUAAGUUGAGGCUGCUUAAAUUGGAGUGCCGUAUUUUUCGCUCUAUAGGACGCACCGGACCUUAGGAGGGGGAGAACAGGGGAAAAAAAUCUCCUCCUCUCUGCUCAGCGCCCUUUCAGCGAAGUGGCAGGAGAAACGGAGCCCCUUCCAUUUUUCCUCCCGCUUAGCUGAAGGGGCGCUGCGCAGAGAGGGAAAACUGUGCAGCGCCUCUCCAGUGAAGCGAAGCCUGGAGAGCAAGAGGGAUCGGUGUGCACUGACCCCUCUCACGCUCCAGACUUCAAGCGGCUAUCUGCAAGCGAGAACUCCUGCUGCACUCCGAAGGCUUGCGGAUAGCCGCCUGAAGCCCCCGCAGUGCAGUGCGAACUGCCGCUGCACUCUGGGGGUUUCAGGCAGCCUUGCCUCCACUCCCAGAGCUUGCGGGGCUGGGGGCGGGGGAAGCCUGAGCUUCCCCUGAACCCAGCCCCCAGAACAGGUCGGGGAGCGGCAGUCCCUUCUCCCUCCUGGGGAAAAGCCUGCAAGAGCCGCGCGAAGCUUGUGUGAGGCUCUUGGGGGCUUUUCCUGCCUGCCUCCCCCCCUGCAUUCGCUCCAUAGGACGCACAGACUUUUCCCCUUAGUUUUUAAGAGGGAAAAAGUGCGUCCUAUGGAGUGAAAAAUACAGUAGCUCCAUUGCAGGGGGUUGGCCUAGAUGCCCCUCAGAGAUCCUUUCCAAAUCUGUGAUUCUGUGAUCAUCCCACUGUCAUAUUCUCAAACUUUGCUUCCAACUCCACUCCCCCCAGGUUUCUCUCCUCCUCCGGACUUCUCAAGACAGCAAAACAGCUGAUGUAUAGAUGUAAUUAGGGAUAGUAAAGCAUGUUGUCGUUUAGUUGUGUCCGACUCUUCGUGACCCCCUGGACCAGAGCAUGCCAGGCACUCCUGUCUUCCACUGCCUCCCGCAGUUUGGUCAAACUCAUGCUGGUAGCUUCGAGAACACUGUCCAACCACCUCGUCCUCUGUCGUCCCCUUCUCCUUGUGCCCUCCAUCUUUCCCAACAUCAGGGUCUUUUCCAGGGAGUCUUCUCUUCUCAUGAGGUGGCCAAAGUAUUGGAGCCUCAGCUUCACGAUCUAUCCUUCCAGUGAGCACUCAGGGCUGAUUUCCUUCAGAAUGGAGAGGUUUGAUCUUCUUGCAGUCCAUGGGACUCUCAAGAGUCUCCUCCAGCACCAGAAUUCAAAAGCAUCAGUUCUUCAGCGAUCAGCCUUCUUUAUGGUCCAGCUCUCACUUCCAUACAUGACUACAGUGGUACCUCGGGUGACAUACGCUUCAGGUUACGGACUCCGUUAACUCAGAAAUAGUACCUCGGGUUAAGAACUUUGCUUCAGGAUGAGAACAGAAAUUGUGCUCCGGCAGCACGGCAGCAGCAGGAGGCCCCAUUAGCUAAAGUGGUGCUUCAGGUUUAGAACAGUUUCAGGUUAAGAAUGGACCUCCAGAACAAAUUAAGUUCUACCACUGUACUGGGAAAACCAUAGCUUUAACUAUACGGUCCUUUGUCAGCAAGGUGAUGUCUCUGCAUGUAAUUUUUUUUUUUAAGUGUCCCCGGAUUCAUUGAAAAACAUCUGGUAACCAUAUAUAUUGCAUCUGUCACCCCCCCAAACCUUUUGUCUUUCAGCCCCUCCCUCAUACCCAGCCGGUCCCCGGUGGACUUCGCCCCGGCAUGUCCAUAUAUGUGGCAGGGAUGGUUCCACAACAUACCAAGAGGUAAGGGGUCCUUUCUGGGUAGGAGGGGUGGCCACAGAACUAGGACUGACCAACUCGGACCAGCUUACCUGCGAGAUCACCUGAGCCGUUCUAUGCCCUCUCAACCGCUUUUGAUCUGCAGAACCGGCCUCCUUACAGGUGCCACAAAACACCCCUUUCCACAUUCGUAUGAAAUAUUUUAGUGUGGCAUCACAUGCACUUUGGAACUCCCCGCCUAUUGACGCCUUCAGUUUACUCUUUUUUAGCAAAUGCCCCAAACAUCAUCUUUUUUUUUUAAAAAAAGGCAAAUUUAUCCAGACAUGUAGAAUGUUGGACAUGUGUUUAACCUGUUUUCAGCUUAUCGUCGAUUUUAAUUGUUUUUCGAAUGCUUAUAAACUGCUCUUAUUGAGAAUUUUAUUCUUUUAUUAUGUUUGGGAACUGCUUUGAGGUGGGGGGUUUUUUGCACUCAAGUGGUAUAUACAUUUUAUCAAAUAUAUAUAUAUUUUUAUAAAAAAAGUGUGAUCAUAUAUCCUCUCUCUUUAACUCUGCAUAUUCUGCAAAAACCCACAUCCUCUACCAAGAAACUUCCACAUUAAUGUAGUUUUGUGCAAACGUGGCAAAAAAGAGAGAGCAGAUCUGAUUAUUCUUUUUAUUCUCCUAGCCAUAGGGCAAAACUAGAAGCUACGUCGUUGCUUCUUGGCUGCUAUAAAUCCUCAUUUAGGCUCCAGUUUUGUACCCACUUAACUGGAAGGAAGCCCAACUGAUCUCAGCAGAACUUUAUUCUCCAUGGACUAUAUUGAUUGAUUUCACGACAUUCAUAUACUGUAACUCUUGACUGUUAAUAAUAAUAAUAAUAAUAAUUUAUUAUUUAUACUCCGCCCAUCUGGCUGAGUUUCCCCAGCCACUCUGGGCGGCUUCCAAUCAAGUGUUAAAAACAGUACAGCAUUAAAUAUUAAAAACUUCCCUUAACAGGGCUGCCUUCAGAUGUCUUUUAAAAAGAAGAUAGCUGCAUAUUUCCUUCACAUCUGAAGGGAGGGCGUUCCACAGGGCGGGCGCCACUACCGAGAAGGCCCUCUGCCUGGUUCCCUGUAACCUCACUUCUCACAAUGAGGGAACUGCCAGAAGGCCCUCGGUGCUGGAUCUCAGUGUCCGGGCUGAAUGAUGGGGGUGGAGACACUCCUUCAGGUAUACAGGACCAAGGCCGUUUAGGGUUUUAAUAGAACCUCAAAGCAGUUUUCCGAAAUGUGCGCAUUUUAGCUUCAGAUACUUUAGCCUUAGAACUUGCUCCUUGCAUGUUUUGAAUCGUAUUCCGAAGCAAGGACUAGUAACUUGCUAUAUAUAUAUGAGCAAUGAGGGCUAGUAACUUGCCUAUUGUUAUUUAAACGAAAGCCACCCUUUGAAGGAUGCCAAAUUCAGUGUGAAUCAAGCCUUAUGGGAAGUGGGGUGGAAAAGUGGGCAACACAAUAUAACAGCAAACAGGUUGCCCUCUGACUACAUUUUAUUGUUUUCCCCUUUUCUUUCCAUCCAUGGUUUCCAGAUUCAGCCUGAACUUUGUCUGUGGCAUGAACGAUGGGGCCGACAUUGCCCUACACUUCAACCCUCGCUUUGAUGGCAAAGACAAGGUUGUCUUGAAUACCUUCCAAGGGGGCAAGUGGGGCAAGGAGGAACACCAUAGCAUGCCCCUCCAAAAGGGUUCACACUUCGAGGUCAUCAUCGUCGUCAACCCCGACGGAUACCAGGUUCGUGUGAGCACCCAAGGGUGCAAGACCCACCGAUUCUCUGUACGGGUCCCAGAGUUCAUCGUCCGUUCAGCCUGAAUGCAGGAGAUGCUGAUGUCUGUACACAAUAGGUCAAAUAGGUAAAGGGACCCCUGACCAUUAGGUCCAGUCGUGACCGACUCUGGGAUUGCGGCGCUCAUCUCGCUUUACUGGCCGAGGGAGCCAGCGUACAGCUUCCGGGUCAUGUGGCCAGCAUGACUAAGCCGCUUCUGGGAACCAGAGCAGCGCAUGGAAACGCCAUUUACCUUCCUGCCAGAGCAGUACCUAUUUAUCUACUUGCACUUUGACGUGCUUUUGAACUGCUAGGUUGGCAGGAGCAGGGACCGAGCAACAGGAGCUCACCCCGUCGCAGGGAUUCGAACCACCAACCUUCUGAUCGGCAAGUCCUAGGCUCUGUGGUUUAACCCACAGCGCCACCCGUGUCCCUAAUAGGUUAAAUAGCAGCCUCCUAAUCUGAUGCCAUGGAAUGUUCAACAAUAUUUGACAUCCGUGUAAUUAUGCAAAAUGUGCAAACUAGUGCAAACAUACCAUGAUGAGACCAAUAUAAACUGCCAUUCUACAGAUGUGUGCCCCACCCCUCCUGCUGCGAUAAGCUUUUAUCCCAGAUCUGCUUUUCUCCAAGAUCCAGAAGAGGCAUGAACAGAGCAGAUAGGUUGGCUUCAUGCAGGCACAGUCUCCAAUUGCUUAGGGGGGGGGAAACCCUGGAGACAGGGGGACUUAAGCAUCUGUGGGGAGGCUGGGACCUUCGGUCUCAGCAACCGCUUCAUGGUAGCAAGACCGACUGGAGAUGAGCUGCUGUGCCCGUUAGGCCUGACACCCCUGUGUCUUUGCUAAUAGUUCACUCCAACUUUCUCAGUGUGAUUUAUUGCUGGCUCGCUCUUCGGUAGGGUUGCUGGGUGUGAAGGAAAGUGGGAGAUGGGGUAGGAAUAUAGCUGUCAACUUACAGAUUUGAAAAUAAGGCACCAGCAGCCUCGAAAAUAAGGGAUCAGCGGCCAAAAUAAGGGAUUUUCCAAGGGGCACAGAUAUGUUCAACUUCUGAGCCCCUCUGAGCCAAAGGCAGAAAGCCCAGCCAGCAGCCAAACGAAGCCUCAAGCGGUGGUUCCCACAGCGCAGCAACCCGGCAAAGGGGAUGCAGCAAGGAAAACCACCGUCACCUCUCCGCUGGGAAGCGCUGAGCAAAGGCGAGUCCCCAGGCAACGCGGCCAAUUUGAUCGGCACAAGGCAUGCAAGCUCCACCCCCCAGUCGUUCUUAGACUCCUUAUUGGGUGAGCAACGCAGCCAAGCAACACAGUUGGAGCCUCCCUCCUCCCUGGCAGGGAGGGAGGGAGAGGAGCUGCUUCCUUUGAAACCUGGGAAAUUUAAGGGACAUCAUCAGUAAGGGACAGCAGCGGGACACGGCGCUGGGAUAAGGGACUUUCCUCCAAAUAAGGGACGGUUGACAGCUAUGGGUAGGAAUGGAAUGGAGCGGCUGAAAUGAUGGGGGGCAGACUCCCAGGGGGCUGCAAAGGGGCUCACUUGCACCUCCUCCUCAUUUGUGUCCCGGCAGAUCCUUGUGAACAGGAACCCCUUCUGCACCUUUGGCCACAGGAUCCCACCUGAGCGAGUCCAGGCUGUGCAGGCCAAUGGCGACCUGGAGCUGCAGUCCGUGACCACCAUCGGAGGAGGAGCCAUGAUGGGAGGAGGGGUGAGCAUCCGAUAUUGUGGAAGGGGGACCAUUUUCACCCUUCUGGACAAGUUUCUGGGGUGCCAUGCGGCAGCAGUGGGAGGGGUCAGCAGCAAAAGUGGGUGGAGCAAUGGAUGCUAAUUUACUCUCAUGCACAGACACACCCUCUCUUUCCACCAAUCAGGCAAGCGAUAAUCUUUAUCAGAGUCCAAGGACACAUUCCAGGAAGGCAAAAAGGAGGUUGAAAAGCAAGGCUUGUAGAUAGGGGUGUGGUCUGUGUGGGAAUGGCCUAAGGAGAGGGGGUGUGGCCUAAGGAGAGGGGGUGUGGCCUAAGGAGAGGGGUCAGGUCUUGGGAAGAGUGCUAGAGGCCAGAUAAAGCCUCUGGCCCCCAGGCCUGAUGUCUCCCACUCCUAAAUAGAGAAGGGGGUGGACUUUGAUUCGAUUUCCAUUUGAUGGCAAAUCCGAAACAAUACAAAAAGCGAAACACAGCCCUCCCGCAAAAUUCACUCAACCCUGAAUUUUGCAGGCGGUUCUCCAAACAUCCAGCAUUUCCCAAAAUGCACGCAAGAGCAAAUAAGAAUUAACGCAAUAGAGUAGAUGGCAUAUAAGGGAGAAACGGCUUGCAAAAUGUGUUAGCCAAAACUGCAUAUUAAAUAGUGCUCACUAGGAGAAAUUUGCACUAGGAUGCUGACAGGUUUUCAUGAGGGUUAAAUUGCAAAUUGCUGCAGGAGUCCGGAGAACUGAACUUAAGAUCGAGGAAUGGAAAACAGCGGAUCCACAAGCAGCGAAAAUGAAGCAGCAAUAAACGGCUAUCAAUUUGCUGCCUCUUUGCAAUGGUCAAAAACCAGCUGAGGUGGCUGCUUCACUCUACCCAACGGUAGAGCCGGUCCUGUUAAGAGUCACAAAAUGAAAUGUAGUGGUACCUUGGGUUACGAACUUAAAUCGUUCCGGAGGUCCGUUCUUAACCUGAAAUCGUUCUUAACCUGAGGAGUGCUUUCGCUAAUGGCGCCUCCUGCUGCCACUGCACCGCUGGCACACGAUUUCCGUUCUCAUCCUGGGGCAAAGUUCUCAACCCGAGGUACUACUUCUGAGUUAGCGGAGUCUGUAACCCGAAGUGUUUGUAACCCGGGGUACCACUGUAAUGGUGUCUCUCUGCUGGGGAGAAGGGGAAAGGUGCCCAUGGCCAUUUCUGCCAUAGGUGCCCAAAUAGUGGCAACCUUCACUGGGUACAGGACUCCAAGAAUUGGGAGGGACUUGGGGCACCAUCCAGUCUGAUGCCACUCUGAACCCACGAAAACAGCUUGACUGGCCUCAGGUUCUAAGCUCUUUGACUUUGAGCAGAGCAGGAGAGAGAUGACAUUCUCUCCUUCUCCUCCAGAGUCGCUGAAGCCAGUGUGGUGUAGUGGUUAAGAGCGGUGGACUCGUAAUCUGGUGAACCGGGUUCGCUUCCCCGCUCCUCCACAUGCAGCUGCUGGGUGACCUUGGGCUAGUCACUCUGAAGUCUCUCAGCCCCACUCACCUCACAGAGUGUUUGUUGUGGGGGAGGAAGGGAAAAGGAGAAUGUCAGCCGCUUUGAGACUCCUUCAGGUAGUGAUAAAGCGGUAUAUCAAAUCCAAACUCUUCUUCUUCCAGAUGUGGUUGGACCACAACUCCCAGCUGCCCCAGCCAAUCGGCCAAUGGUCAGGGGUUGAUGGGAGUUGUAGUCCGGCAAAAUCUGGAAGGCUGCAGGCUCCCCGUCGCUGAUCUAGAGCAGGGAUUCCCAAACUGUUUUUGAACUACAACUCCCAUCACCUCCAGCUAGCAAGACCAGUGGUCAGGGAUGAUGGGAAUUGUAGUCCGAAGACAGACAGAGACCCAAAUUUCGGGAAGAGGCCCGCUGCUUCCCCAGCCAUGAAGUGGACGCAGACUAAAGGCCCCUCUCUCAAUUGCCUCAAUCUUAUUUGUUUCUCUUUCUGGUCCAGGGCAUGCCAGGGAUGCCAGGACAGCAGUAUCCACCAAUGGGGAUGCCAGUAAGUACUGCAAGGAGGCGGGGAAUUUCUGGGGGCGGGGACUGGGCAGGGCACAGGUUGUGUUUGGGUGGUGUGUGUGGUGCUGGGGAGAUGGGAUGAGAGGCAGUGUGGCGCAGUGGUUAGAGCGCCGGGCUGUGAGCGAGGCGACCAGGGUUCGACUCCUCGCACUGGGUGACCUUGGGCCAGCCACUGCUCCUCAGUCUAGCCUACCUCACAGGGCUGUUGUGAGGAUAAACUGAGGGGGGGGGCGAGGACUGCUCACACCGCCUUGAGCAACUUGGAGGAAAAGGUGGGGCAGAUAUACACGAACAAAUAGAGAUUUAUGUCUUGGGAGGCCAAAUAGAGAGUUCUGUGCAGGUCUGAUAAAUUCUGCCGCACCACAACCUCAAUUGAAUGGUCUGUAUAUACCACACUUUUUAAAAUCGCUUUUGCAAAAUUUAUUUUCCCGUGUUCUGAUCUCUUGCUCGUUGAGGCAGCAGCAAUGGCUUUCAAAUUCUCUACAAAUGGGUUUGCGGCACCACAAUACACAAAGCGCAACAGGCUGAAUAAUAAUAACUGUGAAUACUUAUCUACUUUGAAAAAUUUUCACCUAUGAUCCUUUUCUUUUACUUCUUUAUUUUUUCUUUGUUCUUUUGUUCUUUUUUUCUGAUAUCUUUCAUUUCACUCCUUUAUUGUGCGUGGCAUUUUAUAGAGGUAUAAAUAACUGUAAAUAUGAAAAGAGGCAAAGUAUUCUCUAAUUUUUUUCCCUUGGUUAUAUGUAUUUUCUUUUUCCUUUGUAUUUUCUUUUGUUGUAAAUAUGUAUGUUUUCUAAUUUGUACUUUAAAAAUAAUAAUAACUGUGAACAUUUUAUUGGUUGUGAGUUCCUGUAGAACACAAUCCUUAGGUAAAACUAGAAAAGCCCUCAAGGUAACGAGAAGAACACAGCUGAUGUAGACUGCUGCCACAAGGAUUGUGUUAUACAGGAACUCACAAGAAGACACAAUAAGAAAAGAAAAGAAAAGAAAAGAAAAGAAAGAAAAGAAAAGAAAAGAAAAGAAAAGAAAAGAACAGAAAAGAAAAGAAAGGAACAGAAAGGAAAGGAAAGGAAAGGAAAGGAAAGGAAAGGGGAAAGGAAAGGAAAAAGGAAAGGAAAAAGGAAAGGAAAAAGGAAAGGAAAGGAAAAAGGAAAGGAAAAAGGAGAAAGGAAAGGAAAGGAAAGGAAAGGAAAGGAAAAAGGAAAGGAAAAAGGAAAGGAAAAAGGAAAGGAAAGGAAAGGAAAGGAAAGGAAAGGAAAGGAAAGGAAAGGAAAGGAGAAAGAGGAGAGAGGAAAGAGGAAAGAGGAAAAAGGAAAAAGGAAAGGAAAGGAAAGGAAAAAGGAAAAAGGAAAGGAAAGGAAAAAGGAAAGGAAAGGAAAGGAAAAAGGAAAGGAAAAAGGAAAGGAAAGGAAAGGAAAGAAAAGAAAAGAAGAAAUGUAUUGGGACCAGAAACUCUAGGACGAUUGGAGUAAAUAUACGAGUUAUUUGAAAGACCAUUGUAACCAACUGACGACGCUUGUAGGACUACAAAAAGUUUUGUAAGGAGAACUAUAUGAAACACUGCAGAAAAGAUUUAUGGGAAUGGAUUUUAAGUUAUGGGUUAUUAAAAGUAAUAGGAUAACAAAUGUAAGAUUAAGAGAUGAGGUUUGAAAAUCAUUAGAGGCGGUUGAUGGAAGUCUCAGGCUAAAAUAGCCAAAAUGUUGUAUAAGAUGAGAUGUUCUGUUUGGAAAAUAUAUGUAAAAACUAAUAAAAAUGUAUAUUAAAAAAGAAAAGAAGAAAUGUAUUAUCAUAGGUUAUACACUGUAUAUAUGAACGGUAUUUGUUGCACAUACUGGGCUAGACCUUUACGUUAGGAAAUAACCAAUAAAAUGUUCCCAGUUAUUAUUAUUCAGCCUGUUGCGCUUUGUGUAUUGUGAUAACUGUAUUUGCGUCGCAAGGUAUUGAAUUUGUUUUGGGGCACCAGGCAGAUGCCCGAUUGUGCCAACCUCUUGACGCUGGCACAGAAUUUAGUCCCCGCUUUAUAAUUUCUCUCUCUCUCUCUCUCUCUCUUUAGGGCAUGAUGCCAGCAUACCCGUCUCCCAACCUUCCCGUAAGUACUGUGAAUAGACAGGGGGAAGAAGCAUAAAACUUUCCCAGCAGGCUGACUUGCUUAGAGUUGACCAGUAUGAUGAAUUUCUUUUUAAAUAUAUAUAUAUAUAUUAGAUUUUCACAAUUAUAACAAAAACAACAUAACAAAAAGAAGAAACAACAACAGAAAAACAUACAACCCCCCCCCCACAACAAUAAAAAACAUAAUCUUUAUCCCCUAUCCCUUAAAACCCAAAUUUUAUUUACAUUGUUAAUUGACUUCCUCAAAUCCCUCCCUUCUGAAUUUCUUUGUAUCUGCAUGUAACAGCUUUCCAAUAUCAUUCCAGCUCUGAUCUAAUUUAUUCACUUUUCUUACUGUUCUGAAUCCCAUUUAUUUAAUUAAAUCCUAAUUUAACCCUAGGCCUAUUGGUACUUUCAAGUGAUUUCUAGUUUUUUAUAUUACAAUAUUUAUUCAAAUAUGGGACGCGGGUGGCGCUGUGGGUUAAACCACAGAGCCUAGGACUUGCUGAUCAGAAGGUCGGCGGUUCGAAUCCCGAGCUCCCGUUGCUCGGUUCCUGCUCCUGCCAAGCUAGCAGUUCCAAAGCACGUCAAAGUGCAAGUAGAUAAAUAGGUAACGCUCCGGCAGGAAGAUAAACGACGUUUCCGUGCACUGCUCUGGUUCGCCAGAAGCGGCUUAGUCCUGCUGGCCACAUGACCCGGAAGCUGUACGCCGGCUCCCUCUGCCAAUAAAGCGAGAUGAGUGCCGCAACCCCAGAGUCGGUCACAACUGGACCUAAUGGUUGGGGUCCCUUUACUUUUACCUUAUAUAUAUGGGACGUGGGUGGUGCUGUGGGUUAAACCACAGAGCCUAAGACUUGCCAAUCAGAAGGUCGGCGGUUCGAAUCCCCGCAAUGGAGUGAGCUCCCAUUGCUCGGUCCCUGCUCCUGCCAACCUAGCAGUUCAAAAGCACGUCAAAAUGCAAGUAGAUAAAUAGGUACCGCUCCGGCAGGAAGGUAGACGGCGUUUCCGUGCGCUGCUCUGGUUCGCCAGAAGCGGCUUAGUCCUGCUGGCCACAUGACCUGGAAGCUGUACGCCGGCUCCCUCGGCCAAUAAAGCGAGAUGAGUGCUGCAACCCCAGAGUCGGCCACGACUGGACCUAAUGGUCAGGGGUCCCUUUACCUUUACCUUUAUUUAUUCAAAUAGUCCUUAAAUUUCUUCCAAUCGCCUUGAUAGUCCUCCUCUUUCUAGUCGCGGAUUCUUCCAGUCAGGCCGGUUAGCUCCAAAAAGUCCAACAUCUUCAUCUGCCAUUCUUCCACUGUUGGAAUUUCUUGAGACUUCCAGGUUUUUGCUAACAGCAGUCUUAAAGUGAUUAAAAUGUUAGACCUGGGAGACCACAGUUCGAAUCCCCACUGGGCUGCCUCUCAGCUUAGCCUCCCUCACCGGGUUGUUGUGAGGAUUAAAGGAAGAAGGGGAAGAACUGUGUAUGCCACCUUCGGCUGCCCGGAGGAAAAGAUGGGAAAGAAACGCAAUAAAUAAAUGAAAAUAACAAAAGGAGAAAGGCUGGUUCAGGCGGAUAUUUCUUCCCAGUGCUCAUGGGAUUCAGGUUGGGAGUCGCUGAGGGGAUGCUGAACUGGUAAAUGACCUCUUUGGGGUUUCUUCCCUCACAGGUGAUGAACGCUCCUGCUUCCUACCAUCCGGUAAGUGUUUAUCUUCCUUUCUCUCUCUUCUUGCUGAUUCCCAGUCAGUCCAGAGCCUGCAAUCUUCAUCUGAGGCCUUUCUCUGUGCAGAUCGUGUUUUUGGCUAACAAAGAGUUAACUCCAACUUUCACAGUGUGAUUUACUGCUGGCUUGCUGCUGGAAGGGUUAAGUUGCUUGGGAUAGGAAAAAGUGUUGCUGCGCUCAGUUCCUGCUUCCAGGCUUCCCCUACGGUAGGGGUCAGCAAACUUUUUCAGCAGGGGGCCAGUCCACUGUCCCUCAGACGUUGUGGGGGGCCAGACUAUUUUUUUUUGGGGGGGGUGAACCAAUUCCUAUGCCCCACAAAUAACCCAGAGAUGCAUUUUAAAUAAAAGGACACAUUCUACUCAUGUAAAAACAUGCUGAUUCCCGGACAGUCUGCGGGCCGGAUUUAGAAGGCGAUUGGGCCGGAUCCUGCCCCCAGGCCUUAGUUUUCCUACCCAUGCCCUAUGGGCAUCUGCCUUGGGGCCUGAUCCAGCUAUAGGGCUGCUCUGAUGUCCUCCUAUGCUUGGGCCACAUUUUCCCCAGCUUGCCUCUCUUAGUCCCUGAACGGCAAACAUCCCUGUGUUCCACACACACUGGUAGCUUGAGAAAGUAUUGCAUAUUGCCUUCAACCAUAGAAUCUUAGAGUUAGUUGGAAGGGACCCAAGGGUCAUCUAGUCCAGCCCCCUGCAAUGAAUAUGCUUUUUCAACUCCCUCAGUCAUAUAUCUCUAUAAACUCGUGUUUCAGCAAGUGCCAUACCGAGGCAACCUCGCCGGAGGGCUGGGAUCCAAGAAGACCAUCGUGCUGAGAGGAUUCAUUCCACCGCACGCUAAACAGUAAGCCGCCCUGUUUCUGCCUGUUUCCGUGAAUAAGUGGCAGCCCUUUUCUUAUAGACCGGGGAAUGGCAUUAAUGCACACAUUGUGCACUACUCCCUCACAGCAAUUAGACCCACUUUCCACCUGAUUCUCCUUGGAGCCUCAGAUCCCCACUGCUCUUCAGCCCAAUUAGGAGUCCUGAGUUCGGGUUUCAUCUUGCUGAAUCCCAGAGCUAUUAAAGGCUGAGAGUGAUAACAAAAUGGGGCUUUUCAUGCGCUGUGCAAGAGAAUGAGGAACCUGCAACCUCCCAGCUGUAGUUCGGCAGCUUCUGCAUGGCCUCAGGUUCCCCAGAGAUUGUUCCAUGAAAACUGACAGGCAACGGGUUCAGGUUAUGCCACACAAAAGGAUUCCUUCCUUCUGUGAAAAGUUAGCACAUGGCAUUCACUUGCGACAAGACGCAGGCGCCGUCGCCCAAAGGUGGCUUUAAGAAUGGUCUUAGAAUGAUUUGCAAAAGGGGGCAGGCCUGCCAGCUGCAAUAAGCCGUGCUUGCUACGCAGAGCCCCCAUGGUCAGAGGCAUUCUACUUCUGAAUAACAAAAAUUGCAGAGAAAUUAACAAGGGUGUGGGGGUCUGUUUCCUUUGUGCCCUGAUUUGUGGGCUCCCCAGAGUUGUCCAGCAGGGCUGCUAUAGGAAACAGGAGGCCUUUGAUUUGACCCAGCAAGGAUAUUUUUAUUUUAUUCAUUUAUUUAUUCAUUCGUACCAUAAAAUCGAUAUACAGUUGCAGAAAACCUCAAAGCAGUUUGCGAAACAAACAGAACGGUAAGAUUAUUAGUGAAAACGGUUAAAGCGCCCAGAAAAUAAAAAAACCUUAGUAAACUAAAAGCAUGCCACCAUUCUAAACACCCAUCAAAACAAAAAUAGCUUUUGACAGAGUCGAGUGGUGGCGCCUGCCUGAUGUCCCUAGGCAGGGAGUUCCAAAGUGCCGCAGCGCUAAAAGAUCAAUUUCUUACAAAUCCUUUCCUUCCUCCUCCUCUUCCAGAUUCCGGAUCAACUUCAAAGCUGGCCCGGAUACGGUCCUGCACAUCAACCCCCGCAUGAAUGAGCGUGCUGUGGUCAGGAACAGCUUCCUGAACGGCCAAUGGGGACGUGAGGAACGGGAGCUGUCUGUCAACCCCUUCCAAGCCGGGCAAUACUUUGACGUGAGUGUUCAUUUGCCCAGAGCUGAGAUCUGCCCCAGCCAGGAUGGGAUGGUGGGGUUGGGGAGAAACGGUGCAGUUAAAUAACUUUAGACUCUGUGGCACGGGAAGGAGGGCACGUGCUUAGUUGGUGAUGUUUCCCGCUGCAAAAAAUAAUAAUAAAAAAAAGCCAAAAUCCAGGGAAGAGGGUCAUCGCUCCGUGGCAGUUGCUUGGACAAAAGAUUCCUGCUUCAGGAAAAAGAUUCCUGCAUUGCAGGGGGUUGGACUAGAUGAAUCUUGGGGUCCCUUCCACCUCUACAAUUCUAUGAGUCUAUGGUCCAUAAGGGGAUGUGGGUGGCGCUGUGGGUUAAACCACAGAGCCUAGGACUUGCUGAUCAGAAGGUCGGCGGUUCGAAUCCCCGUGACGGGGUGAGCUCCCAUUGCUCAGUCCCUGCUCAUGCCAACCUAGCAGUUCGAAAGCACAUCAAAGUGCAAGUAGAUAAAUAGGUACCGCUCCAGCGGGAAGGUAAACGGCGUUUCCAUGCGUUGCUCUGGUUCGCCAGAGGCGGCUUAGUCACGCUGGCCACAUGACCCGGAAGUUGUAUGCCGGCUCCCUCGGCCAAUAAAGCGAGAUGAGCGCUGCAACCCCAGAGUCGGUCACGACUGGACCUAAUGGUCAGGGGUCCCUUUACCUUUACGGUCCAUAAGGGCAGCAGAUCCUGAGCCCAAAGAAUGGCAGCGGCAACUGCGGCACGCUGCUCGGAGACCAGAUCUGCCCCUUCCUUGGCACCCCCAUGCCAAGGGGGCUCAGAAGUUGAACAUACCUGUGCUCUGAAAAGCCCUUAUUUUGGCUGUUGAUCCCUGAUUUUCGAGGCUGCUGGUCCCUUAUUUUCAUAUCUGUAAGUUGACAGCUAUGAGCAGAAACCAUGCAGAAUAAUUGACAGAUCCUCAAUAAAAUAUUGAGCUAAGUUGGGGCCAGCCUUGCUCUGUGGCAGAAGGGACAGCGCUCAUGGGUUUCGACUCCUGCUCACAGGUUCCCCCACAGGGAUCUGGUUUGGCCGCUGUGAGAACAGGGACUGGGUGGGUCGUGGGCCCGAUCCGACAGGCCUUUUCUGACGCUCUCCUUCUCCCCACCCCGAAACAGCUUUCCAUCCGCUGUGGCAACCAGCGCUUCAAGGUGUUUGCCAACGGCCAACCGCUCUUCAACUACAACCAUCGCUACCAGAACUUCCAGCGUAUCGACACGCUCGAGAUCGACGGAGAUGUGGAGCUUUCGUACAUUCAGUACUGAGCCAAGAAGGAGGAGAAGGGAGUCGCAAGCGCCCAGCUGCAUUUUUUAUGCAACACCCACCUCCUUUGGCUUGAGGAAGAAAUGGAAUUUCUAAUUGGCAGCUGCAAUAAAGCGUCUUGCUUUGAAGGAG